AUGGCCAAGAUUCUGGCUGCCGCCUUGUCGGCGUUCGCUGCAGUUACCGUUGCGGACACAUGUAAUCCCUUGAACACGAAAUGUCCUCCCAAUGCAGGAUUAGCAAACAGUACUUACACGGUCGAUUUCACAAAGCAAUCAUCAGUUCCAUCAGAGUGGACACUCUCCAACUACGCCAAUCUCAAUUUUGGUUCCAAGGGCGCUGAGUUUACCGUAGCCAAGCGAUUUGACUCUCCUCAACUGUGGACCAAUUUCUACAUCCACUAUGGCAAGGUUGAGAUCGUAGCCCAAGUUGCUCCCGGAACAGGCAUUGUUUCCUCUGCGGGCAUAACUGGAAACUAUGAUAGAGGCAGUUUCUUCACCUUGACUUGGUCUGUCGACGGCACAGUCGUCAGAACUCUCAACGCUGCCGAUACUGACAAUGGCUCCCACCAAUACCCUCAAACUCCAGCAAAGUUCCAACUCGGUAUUUGGGUAGCAGGAGAUCCUGGAAACGCCUGGGCUCCAUUCACCAUGUAUGUGAAGAGCGUCAAGAUCACCAACUAUAACCCUGCACACGCCUAUAAUUAUACAGAUAAUUCUGGCAGCUCCAACAGCAUAAAGUACGUCUCGAAGCCGGUCGUUUCCUCUUCUAGUACUACUACACAGGCUUCCAGCUCUAGUACAGCUUCUGCCUCUGUGCCAGUCAAAGCCCCCACAAUAUGUGCUGGCGUUCCUCCAUCAGCGCCCACGCAGAACGGAAUUAUCUCUGGCUGUACUCAGUGGUAUACCGCCAAGUCAGGAGAUACGUGUCUCAAGAUCGCUACUAAGUUCAACAUCUCCAAUGAACAAUUGUGCACUCGUAAGCACAUCAUCCACCGCGGUUUCUACAGCCAGCUCAACGAGCUCAUCUCGUUCCACGUCUGUGACUGCAAGCACCAAGUCAAGUUCCACAAUUGUUGUUUCGUCUACACCACUGCCGACUACUACCAUCAGUCCAACAUCGAGCGUUGGCACUUCGAAGCCCUCCAGUAG